GGGCUGCCUUCGUCGGGCUCCAAGCUCGCCCGGAGCGAGCGGCCGCCCGCGAGCCGCCGCGGAGCCUUCUCGCCCGCUCCCGCCGGCGAGCAAGAUGAUGUGCGAGGUGAUGCCGACUAUCAGUGAAGCAGAAGGCCCCCCAGGAGGAAGUGGGGGCCAUGGGUCCGGCUCCCCUUCGCAGCCAGACGCAGAUUCCCAUUUUGAACAGUUGAUGGUCUCCAUGCUGGAGGAGAGGGAUCGCCUUCUUGACACGCUGAGAGAGACGCAAGAAACACUGGCAUUAACCCAGGGGAAAUUACACGAGGUUGGCCAUGAAAGAGAUUCCUUGCAGAGGCAGCUCAAUACUGCGCUUCCACAGGAGUUCGCAGCACUUACUAAAGAACUCAAUGUAUGCCGGGAACAGCUCCUUGAAAGGGAAGAAGAAAUUGCUGAACUGAAAGCAGAAAGAAACAACACUAGGCUGCUGUUGGAACAUUUGGAAUGCCUUGUCUCCAGGCACGAGCGAUCUCUCAGGAUGACAGUGGUGAAGAGGCAGGCACAGUCCCCAGCAGGUGUAUCCAGCGAGGUGGAAGUUCUUAAAGCACUAAAGUCGUUAUUCGAACACCACAAAGCUCUGGAUGAAAAGGUGAGAGAGCGGUUACGAGUAGCCCUUGAAAGGUGUAGUUUGUUAGAAGAAGAAUUAGGUGCCACACACAAAGAGCUAAUGAUUCUUAAAGAACAGAAUAAUCAGAAAAAAACACUGACAGAUGGGGUGCUUGACAUAAAUCAUGAACAAGAAAACACGCCGAGCACGAAUGGAAAGAGAUCUUCGGAUGGCUCCUUAAGCCACGAGGAAGACCUUGCCAAAGUCAUCGAGCUGCAGGAGAUCAUUGAUAAGCAGUCACGGGAGCAGAGUCAGAUGAAGGAACGUCUGGCUUCUCUCUCCAGUCGUGUGACAGAGCUGGAAGAAGACCUGGACACCGCGAGGAAAGACCUCAUCAAGUCUGAGGAAGUGAACACAAAGCUGCAGCGAGAUGUUCGUGAAGCCAUGGCCCAGAAGGAAGACAUGGAGGAGAGAAUCACUACUCUUGAGAAACGCUACCUCGCAGCACAGCGUGAAGCCACCUCUGUGCACGACCUUAACGAUAAACUUGAAAAUGAAAUUGCAAAUAAAGACUCCAUGCAUCGACAGACUGAGGAUAAAAACCGGCAGCUACAAGAGCGGCUGGAGCUGGCGGAGCAGAAGCUGCAGCAGACUCUGCGGAAAGCGGAGACGCUCCCUGAGGUGGAGGCCGAGCUGGCCCAGAGGGUGGCGGCGCUCUCCAAGUCUGACCUUUUGUCUUCUGGAAGCUCUGCUGCUAAGGAAGCUAAACUGUGCGAGCUCACUUCCCAGCUUAGGAAGGCGGAAGAGAGACAUGGCAACAUUGAGGAGAGGCUACGCCAGAUGGAAGCGCAGCUGGAGGAAAAGAACCAGGAACUGCAGCGGGCAAGGCAGAGAGAAAAAAUGAAUGAAGAACAUAAUAAACGGUUGUCAGACACCGUCGACAAGCUUCUUUCAGAAUCUAACGAGAGGCUUCAGCUUCACCUUAAGGAGAGGAUGGCUGCCCUAGAAGAUAAGAAUUCUCUAUUACGAGAAGUUGACAAUGCAAAAAAGCAGUUAGAAGAAACUCAACAUGAUAAGGAUCGGCUCGUACUAACCAUCGAAGAUUUGAGGGCUGAACUGGACCAGAUGAGGCUAAGAGGUGCUUCCCUUCACCACGGCCGACCCCACUUGGGCAGUGUCCCGGAUUUCAGGUUCCCCGUGGCUGACGGUCCCACAGAUUCCUACAGCAGCAGCGCGGUGUUACGGCGCCCCCAGAAAGGCCGCCUGGCAGCGCUGCGAGAUGAGCCUUCCAAGGUACAGACUCUCAAUGAGCAGGACUGGGAACGGGCCCAGCAAGCCAGUGUCCUGGCAAACGUGGCACAAGCAUUUGAGAGUGAUGUCGACGUGUCUGAUGGCGAGGAUGACAGGGACCCUCUCUUCAGCUCAACUGCUCUCUUGUCGCCCAGCGGGCAGGCUGAUGCCCAGACGCUGGCCAUGAUGCUUCAGGAGCAGCUGGACGCCAUCAACAAAGAGAUCAGGUUGAUACAGGAAGAGAAGGAGAACGCCGAGCAGCGGGCCGAGGAGAUUGAAAGUCGAGUUGGCAGUGGAAGCUUAGACAACCUUGGUCGUUUUAGAUCAAUGAGCUCUAUUCCCCCGUAUCCUGCAUCCUCGCUUGCUGGCUCCUCCCCUCCAAACAGCGGGCGUUCCACCCCACGGAGGAUCCCACACAGCCCAGCUCGGGAGGUGGACAGACUAGGUAUCAUGACUCUACCUAGUGACUUAAGGAAACAUCGUAGAAAGUUGCCAGCUUCCCGAGAAGAGGUACGAGAUGACAAGACAACGAUCAAAUGUGAAACCUCUCCCCCGCCCUCCCCGAGGUCCCUUCGAUUGGACAGGCUGCACAAAGGGGCGCUGCACACGGCCAGCCAUGAGGAUGUCAGGGACGUCAGAAACUCGACAGGCUCCCAGGAUGGCCCGGUGAGCAACCCCAGCAGCAGCAACAGCAGCCAGGACUCGCUCCACAAAGCCCCCAAGAAGAAGGGCAUCAAGUCCUCCAUCGGCCGCUUGUUUGGCAAGAAAGAAAAGGGCCGCCCUGGGCUCGGCGGCAAGGAGGUGUUGGGACAAGCCGGUGUUUCAGAGACAGAAAACUCAUCUCAAGAUGCCUUGGGACUCAGCAAAUUGGGAGGACAGGCCGAAAAAAAUCGUAAACUUCAAAAAAAGCAUGAGUUGCUUGAGGAGGCCCGGAGGCAAGGCUUGCCUUUUGCACAAUGGGACGGGCCAACUGUUGUCGUCUGGCUGGAGCUCUGGGUGGGGAUGCCAGCCUGGUACGUGGCCGCCUGCCGAGCCAAUGUGAAAAGCGGGGCCAUCAUGUCGGCCCUGUCGGACACGGAGAUCCAGCGGGAGAUCGGCAUCAGUAACCCCCUGCACAGGCUGAAGCUGAGGCUGGCGAUUCAGGAAAUCAUGUCCCUGACCAGCCCGUCAGCCCCUCCCACGUCCAGAACGACCACAGGAAAUGUCUGGUUAACGCACGAGGAGAUGGAGACGCUCACAGCCACGCCACAAACGGAAGAUGAGGAGGGCAGCUGGGCUCAGACGCUGGCCUACGGGGACAUGAACCACGAGUGGAUCGGCAAUGAGUGGCUGCCCAGCCUGGGCCUCCCGCAGUACCGCAGCUACUUCAUGGAGUGUCUGGUGGAUGCCCGGAUGCUGGACCACCUGACCAAGAAAGACCUCCGAGGGCAGCUGAAAAUGGUGGACAGUCUGCACAGAAACAGUUUCCAGUGCGGAAUUAUGUGCCUGCGAAGGUUAAAUUAUGAUCGAAAAGAACUGGAAAGAAGAAGAGAAGAAAGCCAGAACGAAAUAAAAGACGUGCUUGUUUGGAGCAACGAUCGAGUGAUUCGCUGGAUCCUGUCGAUCGGCCUUAAAGAGUAUGCGAACAACCUGCUGGAGAGCGGCGUGCACGGCGCGCUCGUGGCCUUAGACGAGACCUUCGACUUCAACGCACUGGCACUGCUGUUACAGAUCCCCACACAGAACACACAGGCUCGUGCUGUCUUGGAAAGAGAGUUUAACAACCUUUUGGUCAUGGGGACUGACAGACGGUUCGAUGAAGAUGAUGAUAAAAGCUUUAGGAGAGCACCUUCUUGGAGGAAAAAGUUUAGACCAAAGGACGUUCGUGGCUUAGCUGCUGGGUCAGCAGAGACUCUCCCCGCAAACUUCCGGGUCACCUCCUCUCUGUCCUCACCCUCUAUGCAGCCAAAGAAGAUGCAGCUGGACGGCAACCUGUCAGGAACGCAGAGGUUGGAUUCUGCUACAGUCAGGACUUACUCCUGCUGAGGCCGCCUGUGUUUACCCACACUACUUCUACCGGUGAUUCUGCAGCGCUGUGAAUCCAGCAAAGACUGCAUUUUAGAAUUCAACGGAAUCUUUAAUUGUUAAUACUUGUUAUAUGGACCCUGAGAUAUUUUAUUACAGAGUUUUUAAUUAGUGAAAAAUUCAUGAAUACCAUAGAGAAAAUAUUUUAGAAUUUAAUGUUUCUUAUAUUUAUGUAAACUUAUGCCUUCAUUUAUAUAGUUACUUACUUUUUCAUGUAUAUCCAGGCUAUAAAUAUCCUUUGAAAUCAAUUCAUGUUCUUAUAUCUAAUUUUAGUCUUUGAAAUGAAUGUACUGUAAUGCUUGUAUGUAUAAAUCCUAUGAACAAAUAUAGGGCUUUUGUAAAUUAUGCAUUUAUUGUAAUUAUCAUUGUUUAAUUUUGUAAUAAUAAACCAUGACAGAGAAAAGGAUGUUACUGCGUUUGUAAAAUCAUCGUGACGCAGUGAUCAUCCUUUACAAACGUCCCCUAGCUCACUACAAUCACUUUUAAAUAAGCAGACCUAAUGUCAGGCAAUUAUUGUUGUAUUUUAAUGACUAACCGUACGUACUUUUUCUAGCAAGCAAUGCUUGCUUCUGCAGUGUGAACAGAUUAAAAAUACCUGGUGUUAGCUAUCAGCCUCUAAGAAAAUUGGGACUGACAGGACUAGCAGAACACUAUGAAAACUUCCGAGGACCUGUUAACGCUUUCAGAGCCUCGUCUCCGCGGACGUUGCUGGUCGUCAGUGACUGGCAGAAGCCAUGAGCUGGGGAUCGGCUCAGCCGGAAGAGAAAGGCUCGGGUGGGGGGCCUGGGGCCGGCUGCCGCGCUCUCCCCUGGGAAGCAGGAUCGCAGGGCGCCCACACAACCACUCAGAGGACCAAUCGCGGGCGCCGUGCUCUCAUUGCAAAGCCGGUGGUGCCGAGGAGACGGCGGCGAGGGAGCCUGAAAAUAAUGUCGUACGACUCUAACAAAGGCCUUAUUUUUCUUAUGUCAAUCAUCUUUUUACAUUUGUUUGUAAACAUGUUUAAAGACUGGACCUAGUCUUACAUUUUUAGAUUUUGAUGAUUAGCCAUUUCGGAUUGUCUGAGUAGCCAGCGUAACUGUUACCUUUUACGUGGCGUAUUAAAACGCCGGCAGGAAAUGUGUUCAGAUCAAGGUGCGUUAUUUAUUAUGCAGCCGCUGUGCAGGUGGGUGGCAUGUUGUCACGUUUGGUUUCUGCUUUCGAUUUGUACGAGUCACUGUUUCCGUUCUGUUUUUCUAUUAAUCUUUUGUGAACUUCCUGAUUAUGUAACAAAGUAUGUACAGUCUACUUUUGAACUCUUUUUAUCACAGUGUUAUUUAUUGCUUUCUCUCAAUAAAGUGCUGAAGCAUUUCCCACUGCCAA